AUGGAAUACAUCUUGGCAGGAGUGGCAACUGCUUGCUGGUUAGUGAUUGCGGUUAAAUUGAUAGCACAUUUAAUGUGCUUUGAACCUGAGGACGGUAAAGAGUCUGUUGCUAGUACUGCAGAUGAGGAACUUGCUGGUAUGGCUGAGGUGGAUGCUGUCGUUACGGGUGGUGGUGGUGCUGAUUCCUCCUGGGAAUACAGUGAGGCUCUGUCUAAAAGUCCUACUGGACAUGAUUUUGGUACUUCUGUGAUCAACAAAAAAGAUGAACCAGUGGCAGAGGAUGAAGUGAGAUUCAUUAGCCAGGGGUGA